CGGAGCCGCAGUGGGAGGAAGGCGGCACACGGGGUUGCAGCCUGAGCUGCUGGAAGCUGCACCAUCACCUUGCGCCUCUCAGGGAGUGUCACUCUCGUUCCUUUGUCUGUCGCUGCCUUCUUAAUUUGCUCUCAGGUCCGAGGAUUCUGUAGCUACAAUGCUGUCCAGACUCUUCCGAAUGCACGGCCUCUUUGUGGCCUCCCACCCCUGGGAAGUGAUCGUGGGAACAGUGACCCUGACCAUCUGCAUGAUGUCCAUGAAUAUGUUCACCGGUAACACUAAGAUCUGCGGCUGGAAUUAUGAGUGUCCGAAGUUCGAAGAGGAUGUUUUAAGCAGUGACAUUAUAAUCCUGACAAUAACACGAUGCAUAGCAAUCCUGUACAUCUACUUCCAGUUCCAGAACUUACGUCAACUUGGAUCAAAAUAUAUUUUGGGCAUUGCUGGCCUCUUCACAAUUUUCUCAAGCUUUGUCUUCAGCACAGUUGUUAUUCAUUUCUUAGAUAAAGAACUCACAGGUUUGAAUGAGGCCUUGCCCUUUUUCCUCCUUCUGAUUGACCUUUCCAGAGCAAGUGCACUAGCCAAAUUCGCACUCAGUUCUAAUUCACAAGAUGAAGUAAGGGAAAAUAUUGCCCGUGGAAUGGCGAUUUUAGGGCCCACUUUCACCCUCGAUGCUCUUGUAGAAUGUCUGGUGAUAGGAGUUGGGACCAUGUCAGGGGUGCGGCAGUUGGAGAUUAUGUGCUGCUUCGGCUGCAUGUCGGUUCUCGCCAGCUACUUCGUCUUCGUGACUUUCUUCCCGGCCUGCGUGUCCUUGGUGUUAGAGCUCUCCCGGGAAAGCCGCGAAGGCCGUCCCAUCUGGCAGCUCAGCCACUUUGCCCGAGUCUUAGAAGAGGAAGAAAAUAAGCCUAAUCCUGUCACCCAGAGGGUCAAGAUGAUCAUGUCUCUAGGUUUGGUUCUUGUUCAUGCUCACAGUCGCUGGAUAGCUGAUCCUUCUCCUCACAACAGCACAGCAGACAACCCCAAGGUUUCGUUGGGCUUGGAUGAAAGUGCGCCCAAAAGGAUUGAGCCCAGUGUUUCCCUGUGGCAGUUUUAUCUCUCUAAAAUGAUCAGCAUGGACAUUGAACAAGUCAUCACCCUAAGCUUGGCUCUCCUCCUGGCUGUCAAGUACAUCUUCUUUGAACAAGCGGAGACGGAGUCCACAUUGUCGUUAAAGAACCCCAUCACAUCUCCUGUCGCGACGCAGAAGCAAGCCCCGGGUGGUUGUUGUAGGCUGCCCAGGAAGAGCCAGAACUGUCAUGCCGUGGAGGAGGAGGAGGCGAGGGCGAUUCGAGAAAGGAAAGUUGAGGUCAUAAAGCCCCUGAUGACGGACACGGACAUGGACCCCUCAGGCAGAGCUACGUUUGUCAUUGGUGACUCCCUGCUCCGAGAGUCACCAGAGCUGGAGACACCUGAGGUGGAACUUCCUCCAGAGCCUCGGCCUAAUGAAGAAUGUCUGCAGAUCCUUGCAGACACAGAGAAAGGUGCCAGGCUCCUCAGCGAUGCAGAAAUCAUCCAGCUAGUGAACGCCAAGCACAUCCCAGCGUACAGACUGGAAACUGUGAUGGAGACCCACGAGAGGGGCGUAGCCAUCCGCCGACAGCUGCUCUCCCGACAGCUGGCACAGCCCUCUUCCCUGCAGUACCUGCCCUACAGAGGUUAUGACUACUCCCUGGUGAUGGGGGCUUGUUGUGAAAACGUUAUCGGCUAUAUGCCCAUCCCUGUCGGUGUGGCGGGACCUCUGUGCCUGGAUGGGAAGGAGUUCCAGGUGCCGAUGGCGACCACAGAAGGCUGUCUUGUGGCCAGCACUAAUCGAGGCUGCAGGGCAAUAAGUCUCGGUGGAGGUGCCAGCAGCCGAAUCCUCGCCGAUGGGAUGACCCGAGGCCCGGUAGUGCGUCUACCCCGAGCCUGCGACUCUGCAGAAGUGAAAGCUUGGCUGGAGACGCCUGACGGCUUCGCAGUGAUGAAGGAGGCGUUUGACAGCACCAGCAGAUUUGCGCGCCUACAGAAACUUCAUAUGAGUAUGGCUGGGCGAAAUCUGUAUAUCCGUUUCCAGUCCAGAUCAGGUGAUGCCAUGGGAAUGAAUAUGAUUUCUAAGGGCACAGAGAAAGCACUUUCAAAACUUCACGAGUAUUUCCCUGAAAUGCAGAUCUUAGCUGUUAGUGGUAACUACUGUACCGACAAGAAGCCUGCCGCUAUAAACUGGAUCGAAGGCCGAGGGAAGUCUGUUGUUUGUGAAGCUGUGAUUCCGGCCAGAGUCGUCAGAGAAGUGUUAAAGACGACCGCAGAAGCUCUGGUCGAAGUCAACGUCAAUAAGAACCUGGUGGGCUCUGCCAUGGCCGGGAGCAUUGGCGGCUUCAACGCCCACGCAGCCAACAUCGUGACUGCCAUCUACAUCGCCUGUGGCCAGGACGCAGCCCAGAACGUGGGUAGUUCAAACUGUAUCACCUUAAUGGAAGCGAGCGGCCCCAGCAAUGAAGAUCUGUAUGUCAGCUGCACCAUGCCUUCCAUAGAAAUCGGAACUGUUGGCGGGGGCACCAACCUACUGCCUCAGCAGGCCUGCCUGCAGAUGCUGGGUGUGCAGGGAGCCUGCAGAGACAACCCCGGCGAAAAUGCCCGGCAGCUCGCCCGGAUUGUGUGUGGCACGGUCAUGGCUGGGGAGCUGUCGCUGAUGGCAGCAUUGGCAGCAGGACAUCUUGUCAAAAGUCACAUGAUUCAUAAUAGGUCAAAGAUCAACUUACAAGACCUCCAAGGAGCCUGUGUUAAGAAGGCGGUUUGAGCAGCCCGGCUGUGCUCCGCUCCGACGUGGCUGUUAGGUUCUAAAGGACUGACAUAAAAUCUGUGAAUCACAAAUCUCAGUGCGACGUCUUGUUGAGGAUGAACGGGCAUGACCAGUGAGACCACUGCUUCGGCCUCAGUGGAUCUGAGGCUCUUCCCACGCAGACUCUCAGAUCCGAGAAGGGUUCGGGGCUGGACAUGCUGUGCUACUUAGAAAGCUGUGCUCUCAGGCGUGGUGGUGGUGGUGGUCUGCUGACUUGGGAAGGAAGAUAGAGAGUGGGAAAGAAUGUUUUCUUCUGAUGCCCUGGAGUUGGUGUGAUCAGCGUGAAGACUGUCCCUUCUCUCCCUUCUCCCACCCCUGGGUUGAAAAUGGAUUUUUAAAUUAUUCUGUAGCUAACACAGCCCCUGAUUUCAUAGUUAAUUUAUUAUUAAGUCUGGAUUAUAGUACUUGAAAUAAGAGCUAAUCUUAUUUUUUUGUAAACUAAUAUGUCACUUGGUGCUGGUCUAUUUUUAUUUUUGGGGUAGUUGACAUUACUCAUCAGAAAAGGGGAUUUGUUUUCCUUAAGGGAAGAAUUACUUUUGUUUCAAACCUACAGAAUAAUGUCCUCAGCAGUGCUUGGUUCUCAAUCAAGAAAACAAUUCACUGCAGUUAUUUACAGGCUGUUUGUUCCAAGAGUCUACUUGUCUAGACUGGCUACUGCAUAUGCCUCUGCAUAAGGUCUUAAGAAGCUGUUUUAUACUUCAUGCUGGCUAAACAGAGGUGACAGUUUAUCAGAAACAUCCAGAUCUCAGAGUAUGGAAAACACCCUCUGAGACAACUUGAUCUCGUAAAUACACUUAGCUGGGAGAAAAAGAAAACUAGUUUUUGUCCUCCCCCCCACCCCCAAGGAACUAUUAUCAACUGUGUAUGUUUUAAGAAAACUUACUAUGCUCAGAGUUUAUUGAAGCAUUCAAGAAAUGAAUCAACUUGAAUAUUGAUGACUUUCUAAACUUCACCCAGAAAUAAUCGUGUUAUAUAAUGUCCAAGAAACUCUGGCCUGCUUGUGAAGCCCAGUCAAGGGGGAGCUUGUGUCCCAGACCAGUGAAGGUGCCGUGCUGCCCGGAUGGCCCUGGAGGGCUGUGCCUUGUUCCCGUGACCAAGAGGUUGGCGACUGAAAGGCUCACAGGGCUCUCUGACGGACCCUUCAAAGCUCUUUGGUUCCCCAGGGGCUGAGGAGAGUUGUCAAAUCCUGGAAAAGUUUUUAAUGCGCAAGUUUUGUAUAAACAAUAAAGAAUUCUUAUUUUGUAUUACA